CGGUAGCUUUCGUCUUUAGUCUCGCUUUAGCCUUCGUUGGCUGCUCGUCCACCGAAAACAGCAGUCCGUCGCGGAAAUACUGGACGAUCGAAUUAGCGUCAAAUGGUCGGAAUUAGGGUGGCGAAGGUGAAACGAGCCCUAAGCGUUUCCUGUCAAGAUCCAACGGAACUUUGAACGACAGAUGACCACGGUAUCGCGUUCGCAACGUGACACGAUACGAAAGCUUUCCAAGCGCUUAGAAAAAUGAUGUUACAACUUGCGUUCUGGCUACUGAUCGGUUUGCUCGUGGCUUGGCUUCUCCUGAACAACGUCGGAAGCGUCGUUAGAGCAUUCUGGGAAUUUCUCGUGCCGUUAAUCAACACGAAACCGAUCGAUCUGCGCAAGAAGUUCGGAGAAUGGGCAGUGGUGACGGGAUCCACCGACGGGAUCGGUAAAGCUUACGCGAAGGAGCUGGCCGCCAGAAAUUUAAACCUAGUGCUGAUCAGCCGAACCAAGGAGAAGUUGGAGAAGACCAGGGAAGAGAUUUUACAGGAGAAUCCGAACAUCGAAGUGAAGAUCAUCGUGACAGACUUUAGCGAAGGGAGAAAGGUGUACGGAAAGCUCGAAGAAGAACUAAAAGACGUACCUAUCGGUAUUUUAGUGAACAAUGUCGGUACCCAGUACAGCUACCCCAUGUACCUCGGCGAAGUUCCCGAGACCGAACUGUGGAACAUCAUUAACGUGAACGUAGGAGCGACCACGUUAAUGACACGAUUAGUCAUCAAGCAAAUGCAAGAACGCGGAAAAGGCGCGAUCGUGAACGUGUCUUCCGGUUCGGAACUGCAGCCAUUGCCAUUGAUGACUGUGUACGCCGCGUCGAAGGUGUACAUCAACAGCUUUUCCGAGGCGCUCAGAGUCGAGUACUCUCGAUUCGGGAUAACUGUACAGCACUUGACGCCAUUCUUCGUCAAUACGAACAUGAACGCGUUCAGCGAUAGACUGCAGGUGUCCAGCGUUUUGGUACCGAGCGCAACAACGUACGCUAAAAACGCAAUCACCACGCUUGGAAAGGUAGACACUACUGCUGGCUACUGGGCCCACGGGAUCCAAAAGAUUUUUACUCUACUUCCACCGAGGCAGCUCAGAAUUAAACUUGGCAUGUUACUAUCUCGGAGUUUCAGGCUGGAGUACUUCAAGAAACAAGCAUAGAUCCUCGUCUACCUUUAUCGUUUCAUUUAGAUCUCCAUAUACUAAUUCACAAACCAAAACGCGCAACAAAUGUACUAAUUUUCUUAUUAAAGUUUGAUCCUGACACGUCGUCGAUCGUGAACAGCGAACGAUUAGAUUUUAAGAAUGCAAACUCCUUUGCGAAUGCAUUUGAAACUGUACGACUACGAUAGGUUUUCUAAACAAAUAAAGAACAUUGUUUUCCUUUG